AUGUCUGGUGAAGUUGGAGGACAAUCUGAUAGUAUGGGCAUGGAGGGGAACUAUUCUUUGUACAGGGUGUCCAACCAGAGUUCGGACUUUGGUGAGUACGACAUGGCGGGCGACAUCAUCUACAACGCGUUCGUGCAGGCGCUGUUCUGCGUGGUGUACACGACCAUCUUCGUGCUGGGCCUGGCGGGCAACGCGCUGGUCGUGGUGGUGGUGGCGCGCAACCGCGCAAUGCACACCGUGACGAACGUGUUCAUCGGCAACCUGGCGCUGUCGGACGUGCUGCUGUGCGCGCUGUGCGUGCCCUUCACGCCGCUCUACACCUUCCUGGGCAGCUGGGUGUUCGGCGGCGCGCUGUGCCGCGCCGUCGUGCUCGCGCAGGGCACCAGCGUCUACACGUCGACGCUGACGCUGACGAGCAUCGCGGUCGACCGCUUCUUCGUGAUCGUGCACCCGUUCCGGCCGCGCAUGCGCCUCUCGACGUGCGCCUGGUCGCUGGCCGGCAUCUGGCUGUUCUCUGCGCUGGCCACGCUGCCCUACGGCCUGUACACGGUGCUGCGCGCCGAGCACGGCUACUACUACUGCGAGGAGAGCUGGCCGUCGGAGAGGGCGCGCCUCGCCUACGGCGCCGUCACCGCCGCCGCCCAGUUCGCGCUGCCCUUCGCCGUCUCCGCCUUCUGCUACGUGCGCGUCUCGCUGCGCCUGGGCCGGCGCGCGCGCCACAAACCCGGCUGCCGCUCGGCGCGCAGAGACGACGCCGACCGCGAGCGCAAGCGCCGCACCAACCGCAUGCUCGUCGCCAUGGUCGCCAUCUUCGGCCUGUCCUGGAUGCCGCUCACCCUGCUCAACCUCGCCAACGACGUCUUCACCUCGUUCGGCACCUGGCGCUACUUCAACCUCUGCUUCUUCCUGGUGCACGCGCUCGCCAUGAGCUCCACCUGCUACAACCCGUUCCUCUACGCCUGGAUGAACGAGAACUUCCGCAAGGAGUUCCGCCGCGUUCUGCCCUGCUUCAGACCGGAGGGUACAGCCGACCACGCCGCUCUGGGACCACGGCCGUCGUGUGCACCUACUGGUAAAACGCAGGACUCGCUGUUGCCCGCGGCGACGACGACGGCACAGCAGCACCGCGACACUCCUCUAGAUGUCAAAGAUGGCGCUCUUCCCGUGGCCUCUAGCGACUCCGCCACAUACUCUGUCCAUACGAGCGAGGUUCGUCUACAGAUCCAGCAAGGAGAGCAGAUGGUCCAGGACAACGAUCACCUCCUUGAUUCUCGUAUCUAGACAUGACCAGCAGCACAGUGUCGACGAAGCGUCUUCACAGAUGGCAGCAUCGGAAACUUGAUGUCUUUCCGCACGUGUGAAGAAGACAGCCCCUGCC